UUUUUUCGUCAGAUUUAUCUCGUGAUUGUUCUUUUGGGCGUAACUUCGUGGUCCCUUCAAGUUUCCUCAUGCCCAACAGUUUCCAGUCUAACUCCUCAAAAAACACUCAAACGUCUUCGCCGUCAUUUCAUGUUCGUCUCAAGGACUGCUACCACUUUGAAGUCAGCUCCUAGAACUUCAAGACAAACUACCCGUGACGGCACUGUACAGUUGCCAGGUACCUCAAGGUGCCCUUGGAGCUGGGGCCUAGAUGAUGACCCAAAUCGUUUUCCUCGAUUUUUGACCAAAGCUGUUUGCCCUAACUGCACAUCCUCCUGCCGCGAAGUGCGAUAUUCACUCAAGGGUCUGGUUCAAGACUGUGACGUCAGAACAGGGGAAAGAGUUUGGAUGUGGACCGUGGUGGAACUUACAACGGCGUUCGUUUAUGAUCCGUGA